ACAGCACUGGGAGUCCGGUCCGAGGUGCACAGCCAGGUGCGGAGCCCUUCCCGGAUCCGGAGGAAAGGACCGUGGAUCGCGGCCGGAACUGAAAGUCAUUUUCUUCCCGCGAAGAAUUUUUAUCGGAGCAGGUGCGUAGUCCUUGUCCUGCCUGACUUCUUCAAUGGCUUGAGCUGUUCCUCCACUAGGAAGUUCUCGAGAGCCGGGUUUCCUUCACUAGGACACGUCCAGCACCGAAUUCCCAGCAGGUGCUCAGUAAAUACUUGUUAAGUGAAUGAUUACUGGAAGAAGAAAUGGCCAAUAAUCUUUCCCCAGGUUUCUACAUAGAAGAACUUAAUAAAUACCGUCAAAAACAUGGCGUAAUACUUGAUUACCGUGAAGUGCAUAAGGAAGGACCUCCACAUGACCGAAGGUUUACAUUUCAAGUUAUCAUAAAUGGGAGAGCAUUUUCAGCAGCUGAAGGCCGAUCAAAAAAGGAAGCAAAAAAUGCUGCAGCCAAAAUAGCUGUUGAGAUACUUAAUAAAGAAAACGAGCCAGUUUGCUCUUUAUCAUUGACGACAACAGACACUUCUGAAGGAUCGUCCAUUGGGAAUUACAUAGGCCUUGUCAACAGAUAUACCCAGAAGGAAAAAUUAGCUGUAAAUUAUGAACAAUAUGAAUCCAACGAUCAUGGGCCCCAACGAUUUCAUUGUAAAUGCAAAAUUGGGCAGAAAGAAUAUGGACAUGGGUCUGGUUCUACAAAACAGGAGGCAAAACAGUUGGCUGCUAAAUGUGCGUAUCUUCGGAUAUUAUCAGAAGAAAAUCCAAAGUCUCUCUUUCAGAGACCCUCCUCGAUGUCCUCUGGUUCUUCUACUACUUGGUCCAUUGACUCUGGAAAUAUUUCUUCAGUGAUAAGCCCAGGCACUUCUAAAAGUUCAUCUAAAUAUGAUUCCCCAGCAAGUGCGUCAAAAACAAAUCCUAACAUUGGCAGUCUGGGCGAUUCUUUUUCAUCUGCUAUGAACGGUCUUAGAAAUAAUAAAAAGUCGGCACCAAGACAUUUGGCGCCUACAUUUGACCAUCCACAGAAAGAAAGAUACAGGCUCACUGUAGACCCCAGGUUUACCACAGAUUUUCAAGAAAUAGAACACAUUGGCAGUGGUGGAUUUGGCCAUGUUUUCAAAGCAAAACAUAGAAUCGACGGAAAGACUUAUGUUAUUAAACGCGUUAAAUAUAAUAACGAUAAAGUGAAGCGUGAAGUAACGGCGUUGGCAAGGCUUGAGCACGUAAAUAUUGUUCACUACUAUAAUUGUUGGGAAGGAUUUGAUUACGAUCCUGAUAACAGCAUGAAUAAUCUAAGUCUAAAAACUAAGUGCCUUUUCAUCCAAAUGGAAUUCUGCGAUAAAGGGACGUUGGACCAAUGGAUUAAAACCAGGGUUCCAAGAUCAGACAAAGCUUUAGCUUUGGAAUUCUUUAAACAGAUAACAACAGGAGUGGAUUACAUACAUUCACAACGAUUGAUUCAUAGAGACCUUAAGCCAAGUAACAUAUUUUUAGUAAAUGAAACACAUAUAAAGAUUGGAGAUUUUGGACUUGUAACAUCCCUGAAAAAUGAAGAGAAGCGAACGAGUAACAGGGGAACAAAACUAUUCAUGAGCCCAGAACAGAUUUCUUCGCUAGACUAUGGAGAGGAAGUGGACAUUUAUGCUCUGGGAAUAAUUCUUGCUAUGCUACUUUAUAUACCUCCCACUGACAUGGAAAUGGUCAAGAUGUCUGAUGAGCUAAAGAGCGGGAUCUUCUCAACUGUGUUCACUGACAAAGAAAAAACUCUUCUGAAGAAACUACUCUCAAAGGAACCCAAGGAACGACCUAACACAGCUGAAAUACUGAAUACCUUGACGGAGUGGAAGAAUGCCUCAGAUAUAAGGAAACGAAACACGUGUUAGGGCCUUUCUGAAAAGUAUCUUGUUUCUGAUUUGAGAUUUUCCUUUAGUUAUCUAAAAUAUGCUAUAGGAAUAUCGAUAAGUAUUUACUUUUUAUUUUCCCUUCAUUUUUAAUUUUACAUUUUCAGAAAAGUUUUCAUUACAAAAACAUUCUUACAUUUGACUUUUCUCGGUUUAUUGCUUUAUUCUGAAGAUGGAAAGAGCCCUCAGAUUUUCUUCUUUAUGGUAAUUAGUGAAUCAAUUAAUACACAUUUAUUUAAUGUCUACUGUCUCUAGGCCAAAAUAUAUGAAGUAUUUUCCUGACUUAAAAGGAUUAGGAGCCAGUUGGAGAAAUAUGGCACUCAUAAAAUGAGAAGUGUUCCAACAGUCACUUUGGAAAAGAACUGUGCAUUGACUAGGGGAGUCGGCUACUGCAAAGCCUUCAACUCCAUUCCUACAUACAUGCCUACGAGAAUGUUUGUAGAUGUUCAUAAAAACCCUGUUUAUAAUACCAAAAGAACAGGAAACAACCAGAAAGGUGGUUGUUUGUAGUCACCCAUUUAAAGGUGACUAGAUAAGAAAUUAUAUUCAUACACUGGAGUACUAUAAAGUAUUAAAAAUGAAUGACUUACAGCUAAAUGCAGUAACAACACAAUCCAUCUCUCAAGAACAUCAUGUUAAGUAAACAAAGGAAAUUUCAGAAAACAUACAGAAUGAUUCUAUUUAUAUGAAGUUUUGGAAUAGGAGAAACUGAAUCACCAUUUCGUUUAAGAAUCCAAAUAACGGGCCAGCUAAUGGUAAAAUGGUUAUGCCGCUGGGCUACUACGUGGCAGACUGCUGUUUGAGUCCUGGACUGUGUGGCUUGAAACUCACACCGGGCACAUACAUGUGUGUGCCCAGGAUCGCAGGAGAAUGGAGGAGAAGGGACUGCAGUGUGGACAUCCUACUGAGGAGUGAUUUCUCACUGUUCCUCUCACUGUCUCUGUCUCAAUAUCUGGCAAGAAGCACACUGUAAGCAAAAGCCUAAAAAAAAAAAAAUGUCCAAACAAAUGUGGUGAAGCAAUGAAAUGAAGCAAGAUGUUAUGUUAUGGUCUGGAUUGUGGUUUUUGUACCCAGUUUCAUGUUUCGGAAUUUGAUGUCAUGAGGGAUGAUGCUUAGCGGUCUGUGAUUAGUUCAUGGCGAUUGCAAUGUGAAGGCAACAUUUUGUAAAUAGAUUAAUGAUGUCUUUCAAGAUCCAGUGAGUUUUAGAUCUCAUGAGAAAUUGGGUCUCCUAAGAGAUGGUUGCAAUAAAAAAAAAAAGAAAAGAAAAAAAAAAAAAAGAAAGAAAAAUCCCCUGUCUGUACAUGCCCACCUAAGUCUGGUCUUUCCAGCCACCAGAAUUGUGUUUAUAAAUAAACUUCUGUCUUGACAAAAAUCA